AUGCUACACAUCACACACCAGAUCCCGCCACAUAUCAUGCCACCAGAUAUGGGCCCCAUCAUCUGCCAUGCAUUGCUUCCUCCAUCAACAGCAGUGUACAUUUACCAAGUACUGCCCUCAUCAACUGCCAAGCAUUGCUUCUCCCAUCAACGGCAGUGUACAUUUACCGAGUACUGUCCCCAUCAUCUGCCAAGCAUUGCUUCCUCCGUCAACGGCAGUGUACAUAUACCGAGUAUUGCCCCAUCAUCUGCCAAGCAUUGCUUCCCCGUCAACGGCAGUGUACAUAUACCGAGUACUGCCCCAUCAUCUGCCAAGCAUUGCUUCCCCCAUCAACGGCAGUGUACAUAUACCGAGUACUGCCCCAUCUUCUGCCAAGCAUUGCUUCCCCGUCAACGGCAGUGUACAUAUACCGAGUACUGCCCCCAUCACCUGCCAAGCAUUGCUUCCCCCAUCAACGGCAGGGUACAUAUACAGAGUACUGCCCCAUCAUCUGCCAAGCAUUGCUUCCCCCAUCAAUGGCAGGGUACAUAUACCAAGUACUGCCCUCAUAAUCUGCUAGGCAAUGCCUUCCCAUCAUCUGCCAGACACUGCCUCCCCAAACAUCCAUCAGACACUGCCACUCCUAUCAAUCUCCUGGCACUGCCUGCCCCAUCAUUCAUCAGACACUGCUACCCCGUCAAUCUCCAGGUACUGCUCCCCCAUCAAUCCCCAUGCAAUGCCUCCCCCAUCAUCCAUCAGACACUGCUUCCCCCAUCAAUCUCCAUGCACUAG